UGGGAGGAGACCGGACACUCACCCACUCAGUCAAGCCAGAUAUCGGAGAGCUCACAACCACCAUCUCUCCCCAUCUCGGACAAAGCAUAACAUAACUGGACAUCACUUCGCACUAGAGACACUGUGCCAUUUCUUCGAAGAGGCAACAAGUAAGGGAUGUUUUUCUCAAUUACAAAUCCCAGAUCAGUGAGGUGUGCGUGAUCGUUCCCAGCAAACGGCAGAAGGAUGAACAGCUUCGAUCUGGAUGAGCUGUUCGACACGUGGGAGGACCUGAACCUCACAGGCCUCCUGGAGAACGGGACGCGCGUGGAGAUGGGUGGCUGUCCCACAGCCUUCGACCGCAGCGCCCUGCUCCACUCCAUGUGCAUCCUCUACGUCUUCAUCUUCGUGGUCGGUUUGGCCGCCAACAGCCUCGUCCUCUGGAUCAACAUCCGCGCCCAGCGCACCACCUCCCCUCGCCACGAGACCCACCUUUACAUCGCCCACCUGGCGGCGGCUGACCUGUGCGUGUGCAUCACGUUGCCCGUGUGGGUGAGCUCCCUGGCACAGCACAGCCACUGGCCCUUCAGCGAGUUGGCGUGUAAGCUCACCCACCUGCUCUUCUCCGUUAACCUCUUCAGCUCCAUCUUCUUCCUGGCCUGCAUGAGCGUCGACCGCUACCUGAGCAUGACACGGCCGGCCGACAGUGAGGAUGGGGGUCGGCGCCGGAAGCUGAUUCGCCACGGCGUAUGUAUGGGGGUGUGGCUCCUGGCUCUGGUGGCUUCCCUGCCGGACACAUACUUCCUGCGGGCUCUGAGGUCAUCACAAGGGGAGGUAGUGCUGUGCAGGCCGGUGUACCCAGAGGAACACCCUAGGGAGUGGAUGGUAGGAGUCCAGCUGAGCUUCAUCCUGCUUGGCUUCAUCAUCCCCUUCCCUGUCAUCGCUCUGGCCUAUGCCCUCCUGGCCAAAGCACUCUCCUCCUCCUCCUCCUCUUCCUCCUCGGCAGUGGAGCAGGAGCGUCGUGUGAGCCGCAGGAUGAUCCUGGCCUACAUAGUGGUGUUCCUCGGCUGCUGGGGGCCCUACCACGGGGUGCUCCUGGCCGAUGCCCUCUCCCUGCUGGGCCUGGUUCCUCUGAGCUGUGGGCUGGAGAACGCCCUCUACGUGGCGCUGCACCUCACCCAGUGUCUGUCCCUGCUCCACUGCUGCGUCAACCCCAUCCUCUACAACUUCCUCAACAGGAACUACCGCUACGACCUGAUGAAGGCCUUCAUCUUUAAGUACUCCACACGUACAGGCCUGGCCAGGCUCAUAGAACAGACCCAUGUCUCUGAGACAGAGUACUCUGCCGUCGCUGUGGAGAACACACCACAGAUCUGAGACUAAACUCUAGAACACACUCUGGAACUCAAAAACACAUCAAGGACAUUUAGAACAUAGUCUAGAUCUGUGGUCACCAACUGGUCCAUCUCCAAGGCUUUCCUAGUCGAUCGCCAAACAUUUCUGUAAAAAGCCCAACGAGAAAGCCUUGCGUUCUUAAUUGUUUCGCUCUGUUUGCGGUAGGUGCACUUCAUUCAGCUGCCCUGCUUGCCAGGUAGUCGAAGUGUUCCCAUUUUUAAUAAUUUAAG